CUCAGAAGUACGACGCAUUCUUGGUGUCGAAGCCCGUGCUGGGAAAGUUCAACGCCUACUUCGGCUACGCCUUGGCGGGAGCGGGCAAGGCGCCCCCCUUCGGCCUGUCCGUCGAGCAACCCCGCAACGAGCUUUUGGUCAUCGUGGGUCACGUGACCAUGUUACCAGAGCACUUGACGCAGAACGUGAACCGGGUCGUGACACAUCUGACCCGCAUGCUGACCGAAAAUCCAGACGUUGCCGUCCGCUCGGUCUGCAUCAAGAGCAGAUCGGGACCCAAACUGAAGCUCUGCUGA